AUGACACCUUCUCCUGCGCCAGCUCAUGACCCUGACUCUAGGAAGGUGAAGCCUGAUAAUCCUACCUCCUCUACUGUCGCAGCAUUUUCUCCGAUCCAGCCAACAGCAUCUCCAGCCCUCAAACAGCGAUCUGCAAUCUUAGUCCAUCGAAAGUCGCCCUUACUUGUUGCUACACCGCCAACCGUUACGCGCGCAUUAGCAUUCUCGCAUCCAUUCAUUCUACCUUUGAAUCAGGCUGUUGGAUUACUGACAUGGACAAGCGGUGAUGCUUGGGAAAGCUUCCUCCUUGUCGCAGGCUUCUGGGCGAUCGCGCUGUACGGGGAUGUUGCGUUGCGAUAUGCGGGACCACUCCUUGCCGUCACUACCCUCAUCAUGCUCAUGUACUCUCGACGGUAUUCUCCCUUAUCGUCAAGUGGGUGGGCUGGGGAGAAAGCACAAGACCCAAAACAUGCCUCUGAGAGCAGUAUGAAACAUCAAAAAAGCUUGGACGAGAUCGUUGAAACGCUCAAUAUAUUCACAACAAGGUGUAAUCUUUUGCUGGAGCCUUUUCUUCAGCUCACUGAGUUCUUAUCAACGCAAAGAACCGCAACUUCCGCGACUACUAGACCUGCGCUCACGUCGUUGUUCAUCCGCAUUCUCCUUGUUACUCCCGUUUGGAUCGGCCUGAUGCUUCCACCUCUUCAUGUUUUUACUUGUCGGCGUGUUCUCGUCGUAGGAGGCACUAUAAUUUUAAGUUGGCAUUCACGUCCUGCGCGAGUGACAAGAACGCUCUUGUGGAGAUCGAGGCUUGUACAGCGAAUCUUAGCUUUUGUUACUGGGCUGAACUUCGCCGUGCCUGAAAAGCUUACUGAGGGAGCGGAAGGCCAAGCAACAUCCACGCUACCUCGUCAAAAGGAUCAGCGUGCUGUAGCAAGUUCGCUUGCUUCAAGCGCGCAGGCGCCUUCACUAGGCGUCCGAUUUACGUUCGUUGUCUACGAAAACCAACGCCGCUGGCUAGGGCUCGGCUGGACAUAUUCUCUGCUGGCAUAUGAGCGAGCGGCGUGGACCGACGAGCAUCUCAAUCCCUCGGAUCCGAAAGAGGGGUUUCAACUACCCGAGGUUGAAACUGGUACUGCAAGAUGGCGUUGGGUUGAAAGCCGGGACUGGCAAGUUGAUACGGGUGGAAAAAGCAAGGGUGGCAACUUUGACGGAUGGAUUUAUUAUGAUAACAAGUGGCACGAUGGCCGCCGAGGACAAGAUGGAUGGGGUCGUUAUACGAGGCGCCGAAAAUGGUUUCGAGACGCUGAACUCGUCGAGGUUCAGCCCGGUACAGCAGUUGGGGAUUCAACAGCAACGCUGAAAGAAUCUUCAACGCCAAUUAAGGCUACUGGGGCGACGUCCCACAAGUAUAGUUCCAGCAAGGACGGGGAUGAUUCAAGUAGUACUCAGUCCAGAAGACGUGGCUUGUUCAAGAGAAGAACGAGCGUUCCAAGUACCCAGAGUAGCAGCGAUCUUUCGUCUCCUACGACGCUUCGUAACGAUGAGGACGACAAACACGUCGUUCCUCCACAUCAUGAACGAGAUGGAGACUGGGAUGUUGGUGAUGACGUGAGGAUGGGCUUGGGCUGA